UCAGAAUGCAACAAAGCAGAUUUGAUUUGCAUUUAUGAGGCGGUAUCAAUCAACACCAUUUCCCUUAACGUCGGCAGGACGGAAGCUUUCACAGUUUUUCAUACGAGCCGCAGGUUCAAUCAUCUCUUCCUCUCACUCUGGGUUUAAUUUUUUAAGGGAAGUUUGUAGAUAUAUGGGGCAAUCACAUGGUACAUAUUUUCAACGAAAUGAUCAAAAUGCUUCAGCAGAUCAAGGGGAACAUUUGGUAAUUAGAAUAAAACAACUGUUAGAAAGUUCGAGGCGUCCCUUACGGCCAGGAGAAUGUUGUAUCUACACGGUUCCACAUCACUUGCGCAAAUUGAAUGAAGAAGCCUACACUCCACAAGUUAUUUCCAUAGGCCCCUUUCACCAUGGCAACGAAAAAUUGCAAAAUAUCCUGGAAGAGUAUAAAGUGAGAUAUCUCGAGGAUUUUAUGGGACGAGCCCAAACAAACCUGGAGAAUUUAGUAAGAAUUGUAAAAGGCUUAGAAGAAAGAAUUCGUCAAUGUUAUGCAGAAACCAUCGAACUUGACAGCGAUGAGUUUGUGAAGAUGAUACUCCUUGAUGCAGCCUUCAUUAUUGAGUAUUUCUUGAGAGACAUGUUCCCAGUGCAAUGGACAGAUGAGGAUAGAACAGUUAUAAAGCCGUGGAUAACUGCUAGGAUGAAGCUGGACUUCCUGUUACUUGAAAAUCAACUUCCUUUCUUUAUUCUUGAGGAUUUAUAUCAGCUUGUUUUGGUUACUCAUAGAAUUUACCGUCCCUUUAUUGAGGUUGCCUUUCUCUACUUUCGCUUUCUCAACACUCAAGAUAAGUCUUCUGAAUCCGAUGAGUUCAAUGGAAUAAUUCAUUUUGUUGAUUUGAUCAGAAUCUUUUAUCUACCUCCACCCGGAACUCUAUCAGAAAGACAUGAACUUGACAGUGGGGUUGAGAAAAUAUACUGUGCAACGCAGCUGGCUGAGGCAGGAUUGACCUUUAAGAAGAGUGGAAGCAAGUGCUACCUUGACUUAAAAUAUCAUAAAGGCGGAGAGUUGGAAAUCCCGCGCUUUACCAUUGACAAUACCACGGAGAUACUUGCUCGAAACCUCAUGGCUUUGGAGCAAUGUCACUAUCCAACAGAAGCAUAUGUUACUGAUUAUUUUCUCUUGUUGGAUUUCCUUGUUGAUACAGGCAAAGAUGUGGCUUUACUUGCUCAAAAGAAGAUCCUUGUUAAUGGGAUGGGUGACGACAAUGCAACUUUUAUCAAUAAUCUAGGCACAAAUGUCCAAUUCUCAUCCAUGAGCCCUGAGUAUCACCGUCUUUGUAGAGAUAUAGUUGAGUUCCAUGAUAGCAAUUGGAAUCGUUGGAAGGCUAUCUUGAAACGUGAUUAUUUAAGCACUCCUUGGAGAGUGGUUGCCACCAUUGCUGCUAUUCUCGUGUUGGCGUUCACUUUAACGCAAGCUAUAUGCUCUAUUAUCUCAGUGUUACCAUCAAAGAGGAGGAAUCUGUAAUUCUGAUACUAGUAAAUGAUAGCUAGCAUUCGAUCGGAUAA